AUGUCCCAGCUCAGCCUGACCCGCACCUACCUGGCCGUGGCCUGUGAGGACGGAGUGCUGACCCUGUGGGACAUGCAUGAAGGGAUCUCCCUGGGGGUGGUGGCGCUGCCCGAGGGCUGCGUCUGCCAGAGCCUGCACUACAUGAAGUACUUCGUGGUCCACGAUGGCCGCAGCGUGUUCCCCGACACCCCGCUGAAGUCGCAGGUGCAGUGCGUGGUGCUGUGCACAGACUCCUCCCUCCACCUGGUCUCGGCCAAGGGCACCCAGGAGCUGUCCAUCCAGGUCAUCGUGGAGAGCCAGCCCGGCCCCCCCCCCCCCCCCGCACCUGUGUCCCCACCAUGCCGGGUGGCCACACCUCUGUCUCUGCUCACUUCCCAGCUGCUCACCUUCUCCAGGAAGGGCCUGGUGCAGCUCCUGGAUUUGGCCAAGCCUCAGGUGAUCUGCGCCUUUGCUCCUCCAGCACCACAGCACCUGGAAGUGCCCUGGAAACCCAUGUUUAUCAUGUCACCACAUCAGCCGUUCUUCUUGAUUCAAGGAGAUUAUGUGGACGAAGCUUCUGGUAGCAUCCAGCACUCGGUCUUCUACUACGACCUGCAGACACACCCGCUCCUAGGGGGCCUGCUGGCCGACUGCACUGUGUCCCAGAGAGACCUGCAUGAGAGCCGGGCCUUCGACCACGUGCUGCCCCUGGAGCGGAGAUGUGAGCUGCUUCUGCAGAAGAGCUUCCAGAAGCUGGAGGCCAAUGAGGAGAUGGAGGAGCAGCACUGGCUGCGGCUGCGCAGGUUCUCCCUGGCACUGCAGAGAGAAAGCAGGAAAUUGGCAGCCGUUGUGGCCGAGUCCCCCCACCCUGGACCCCGGAAAACCCAGUGA